AUGCUCAUUGGCUCUGCGGACACUUUCGCAGGAUGGGGUACGGGUUCACAGACGACGCUCCUGAAAUCACAAUUCAGCACAGCAAGUAUCUUGCUCAAUGCCUGGCUGACCAACAUCCCUCAACUUUUCUUCUCUUUCACAUACUUCAAUCUCAACGGCAUCUUCACCAGGAUGGCGUUGGCGAAAGAGUGGAACACGAUGGCCUCCCAGAGAAAAGGUCUACGGGUGUCUCAUCCGGAAAAGGCUCAACGCAGCACAUAUUUUCUCCAGCUCCCUUACAGAUGGGCAAUUCCUUUGACAAUAGGGAGCGGCUCUCUCCAUUGGCUGAUAUCGCAAACUCUUUUCAUGGUUCAAAUCGACGUUCAGUCAGGUACCGGAGUGCGAGAUACUGGCAAAGCCUUCGUGGCCUGCGGCUUCUCUUCGUUCAGUUGCUUGGUGCUGAUUUCGGUGGUUGGCUCAAUCAUCAUGGCGGCCUAUAUCGUUGCCACACUGCCUUUGCAAGAGAAUAUACCUUUCGGUGCCUCUUGUAGCGCCAUCAUCAGCGCGGCCUGUCAUCCUCCAGAUACCGAUUACGAAGCGCAUUUGAAAGAGGUCAUGUGGGGUGUGACAGAUACUGCCCAUAGCUCUGGCCUUCAACAUUGCUCCUUCACCAGUCAACAUGUUUCACCACCGGUCGUUGGUAACAGAUAUGCUUGA